UUGACGCAGACAGGUUGUUCCCAAUUCGGUCGUUCACCAUGGCAAAGGUGUCUUUCAUUUCGAUCGUCCUGUGCGCAUUGGCUUCAUUGAGCGUUUCGUUCGCUGAGCCGAGCACGUACGGUGCUAUGCCUCCACCUGCCAUGUAUCCUCCUCCGGCCAAAUACGAAGCUCCUCCACCAGCUCCUACUCCAGCCCCAGCUAAAUACGAAGCUCCAGCCCCAGCCCCGGUCAAGUACGAAGCUCCAGCCCCAGCCCCGGUCAAGUACGAAGCUCCAGCCCCGGUCAAGUACGAAGCUCCAGCCCCGGUCAAGUACGAAGAGAAGAAAGAGAAAUAUCCGAUGAAAACGGAAUACAAGAAGAUGGAAUACGGUGGCAAGAAGUACAGACGUUCAGUUGCCGGAGACGAGAAAGAAGAAGCGAAGAACGACGUCAAACAAGAUGUGACGGCAUCAGCGAAAAGAGUUCAACGUCUGAGAGAUGCCGUCAUGAAGGACAUCGUUUCCGAUCCGAUUUGGGGUCUGCGUUUCGGCUUUCGUCGCUAUCCUUAUUUCGGAUUGGGUUACCGUCGAUUUCCCUAUUACGGAUUGGGUUAUCGCCGUUUUGGCUAUCGUCGUUUCUGGGAUGGCGAACAGGAUUCCGCCGCACAGACCUCUAGCCAUUUCGAUAUGGAGAACGAUGACCAUCUAGCGGAAAGCGACGCCGUUUCAACUCCUAAACGUAAUUGGUUGACUGAGGAUGACCUGGACGAAAUGAUGGACGCAGCUCCUCAAGGCCGGUGGUGGGCACCGCAGGAAAUGGACGAAAUGAUGGACGCUGCUCCUAAACGAAAAUGGCGGUCUCCGGAAGAGUUUGACGAUCUGAUGGAUCCAAUCGCGAUGGGCACCCGUUGCAUCUGGAUGGGUGGUCGUCUUAUUUGUUAACUCCUGGUUCAUUGUUUUUCGAUUUGCCAACCGGACUCCCCGCAUUUAUUGAACUGAAUUUUUCCUAUCCUUCUUUCGCAUUUGAUGUUGGCUGCGAUGUCGUUCAUUACGAUCGGUGAAUAC